CGCUCAAGCAUAGGUCCCAGAUGCAUUCCUUGCUUGCAGUUUGUUGCACAAUGUAUCCAUGGUGCCAAAAGACGUUCAUCCGAGAUUGCCGGUCAUCUACAUCAAAACGAGUUAAACCCCUACAACACGUUACAAGGUACCCUUUAUUCAGCGCCCAUACAAGCACCAGAAUCAAAUAUAAAAUUCCGCCCUUUACGGCACGUCGACGGAAUCUUUACUUGAUAUAAAAACUCAGCGAGUCGAUUCCGAAUCUCUUCCUAGGACCAAUGCCACUCUUCAACCUCUUCAAAGCCAAACCGGCUGUCGAGAAGACCACGACGUCGUUCCUUCAAGAACAAGACCACGCCGGUCUAUUAGUAACCGCUGAACUAGAAAAGGCACUAGCUGAUUGCAAGACAAAAGUUGAACGGAUUGCAAAGGAAUGCAAGACGAAGAAUCGAAAGUUCCGAGAUCAUGAAUUUGAUCUACAGAAUGACAGAUUUCGGUGCCUUCAUGGACUUGCAAGCGAGGAAACAUACAACCCCUCUGAUGUACUCCGCGUCACGCAGAUCUUCGACAAUCCUCAGUUUUUCAUCGAUGGCGCAUCUUCGAACGAUAUAGUUCAGGGCGCUAUUGGCGAUUGUUGGUUUGUGUCCGCAUUGGCAACGAUGUGCACAUCCCCAGGAUUAGUGGAAAAAUUCUGUGUUGCUCGAGACGAAAAGAUUGGGGUAUACGGAUUCAUCUUCUUCCGCGACAAUAAAUGGGUUGAUGUGGUCAUCGAUGACCUGCUCUAUACAUCCACUCCCAAAUUUGAAGAGCUAAGUGGCACAGAAAAGCAACUCUAUCACCACGACAAGGCGCUCUACAACAGAUCUUCGCGCAAGGGGAGCGCUGCCCUCUACUUUGCCAGGUCCGGCACUGAUGGAGAGACGUGGGUGCCACUGAUCGAAAAGGCGUACGCGAAACUACAUGGGAGUUAUGGCGCCUUGAGCGGUGGGUGGGCUUGCGAGGCUAUUGAAGACCUCACAGGCGGUGUAACGUGUUUCAUUCCCGCAAACGACAUCCUUGAUCCAGAUCUAUUUUGGAUUGAGGAGCUGCUGAAUGCUAAUCAUGAUCGUCUCUUUGGAGUCGCAUUUGAUGAUCUCGAUACCAGUCGUAGCGGGGAGGAUUCCAUCAAAGUCAGUGGUCUGAUGGGUGGGCAUGCAUACUCGGUUCUCAGAGCCGUUGAAUGCAAAGGAAAACGUUUCGUUGUCGUCAGAAAUCCUUGGGGUGAUUCCGAAUGGACUGGCCCUUGGUCGGAUGGAUCGAAGGAGUGGACACCGGAAUGGCUUGAGGUGCUUCCCCAACUUGGACAUUCCUUUGGAGAUGAUGGGCAAUUCGUCAUGGAGUACUCGGACUUUUUGGCAUGCUGGGAGCAGAUUGACAAGACUAUUUUGUUUGAUGCGCACUGGGUCAUGUCCUCUCAGUGGCUUCAGGUAACAACACGCCCGCUUCCUUCAGCCUGGACGUACGGGGAUGUAUCAUUCACCAUCACCUUACCUGCUGCUACCAAGGCUGUGAUCGUCCUAUCCCAGUUAGACGACCGUUACUUUGCGCCUAUAUCAGGGCGCUCCCACUGGACCUUUGAUUUCGCAGUGUUCAAAAAAGGGGGAAAGGAUCUUAUUGCGCAAUCUUCGACGUCUAGGAUCCUGGCGCGGAGCGUGAACGUUGAGCUGGACUUGGAAGCGGGUUCGUAUGUCGUACAUGUUCGUCUGGAUCGCUUCGUAUAUCGUCCAUCGACAUACCUCCAAGAAGGCAUCGAGAAUUGGAACUCGCGUUUCCUUUCGAGGGUACUCACUGAGCGCGCCAAGAGUCAAUCCAUUGCUAUGAACUUCAAUGCAAGCUCGCAAGCCCAGAAUCUGCCCAUUCCUUUGGAUAUUCUCGCUGGACAGGAUCUGUCCGAGUUGGAACAGAAGGCGUUAGCGAUCAGGAAAGCGGAGGAGGAGAAAUUUGUUGCAGAAAUGAAAGUUGCCGCUGGAGAGAAGGUAGUCGAGAAAGAAGAGGACGGAGAGAAGACUGAAAACCCACCUGGGGAAAGUACUGACAAGGAAGACACGAAGGAUAGUCCUAGCCUCAGGAAGGAUGAGACGACCGAGGAAAUACAUGAAGAGAAAGUCGAGGGGAAGGAAGAGAAGAAGAAAACGGACGAGGAUGGUCCCGUAGAAGCCAUCUCCACAGAUACCGACAAAACAGUCGACAUUGACAAGACUGAUGUUGUCUCCCAAUUCUCCGACGACGAUGACGACAAGGCAAAGAUCGCCAGGGAUAUCAAAAGUGUGUCUGAGGAUGACUCGAUUUUCCUCGGUUUGCGAGUCUACACGUCCAAGGAUGCCCCCGCUGAGAUUUGCGGCCAGCUAAGGCAUGAGAUGGAGCUGUCCGCGGCUCUAGCUUUAUAAAUUCGUCUAAAUUACUGACUCAAUGUACUACCAUACCAAUACCAGCAUGUUUUACCAC